CUUCCCCAGGAAAAGUAGGUGUGGGAGUUUUAUCUCUUAUUAAAGUGAGUAGAUGGGCAUGUUGGCUCAUCUUGGCUUUGGCCAGCAGUGCUUGGAAAGCUGAUAGUUGCUGUAUCCUCGGCCAAAUUUAGGAGCAUUAAAUGUAUCAGCACAUUGAGGACAAGUCUGACAAUGCUGAUUCGUUUAGUCUCUUUAGGCUGCCUGGGACGAUUGGCUUGCUGAGAACUGAACAGAGGAUCUUUAUACAAUUGAGUCAAGUGGAUGUUCUCAUGCAGUUUGGCUGGUAUCUGAGGGAGAGAAUGCAGGAGAUUUCUCUGGACCUGGACUUCCAGGAUCAGGAGCAGAAGAUGUAUGUGGCAGGCGCGCUCAAUAAUCUAUUCAAUAUGAAAGUGUGCAACAACCUAAAAGACCUGCUCACAGGCCCUCCAGUCAGCCCACAGGCCACAACCAUGCAAAGACCAGAAGGACUGAGGAGCAUUAACCAGGAAACCACAAACACGGGGUCUCUUUCAGCUACACGGUUAGCAGAUGCUAGCUCAGCUGAGGAUUAUGAAGACAGGCACAGUGAUAUAUCACAUACUAAAGCCCAUUCCAUUCUCAUCAUCAUCUUCAUGCUCAGUCUGGCUCUGAUCCUGCUGGCCAGCCUGGCACUGUCUGCCUACGUUCUCUAUCUCAUAGCCCAGAGCAAUGAGAAGAUAGAGGACUUCUCCAGGAGCCAGCAGCUGCACAGAAAAUACUUGGAGGAGAUCAGAGAGUGGAAAACCAUCAUUCAGCAGGUCCUUAAUCACUCCACUGCACUGCAGGCAAAGUGAGAGUCUUAUGCUGUUGGUGCCUUUUAGGAUGGCACCUAAUAAAUGCAGCCAGGCCUGCACAGAACAUGCUGGCUGUAGUCUAGCAGAGUCUAUUUGUCAGGAGUGUCUGUGCAUAUCCAUGAAGGAGAUCCUCUCCGGCUUUGCGGUGAGUGAGCAGAUUACCUCACUCUUGUUUGUGUGCACUUUGAAUGCAAAGCUGCCUUGACUUGACACAAUGGGUGCACAUACGUUCAAGUCAGCUUAAUAUACUCAGGUUAGGCUCAAGGUGAGGUGCAGGCUGUCAGUGGCAGUAUAACGAUGUAGGAAUAGAAGGAUUUAAGUUGAGAAAGAGCAAAGCAUGUAUGUCACCUUAUACAAGUAGAAGAGAGUACUGUGGUAUGUACAGUGUGAAAGUCUCAGUAUUCAGUAUGUCGCUGUGGUAUUUCGCAUAAAGCUUCUCUCAGUCUGUAAAUGAUAGAUGAUAUGCUAACAUUCUGUGGUCAAGAUUAGCAGAAAUUGUACACUGUUUACAGUCACUUUUGUCAGCAUAUCUGCUUUGAAAGUGGUUUACCAUGUUGGAAAUAGGAGGCACGAUUGAUAUUAAUUUUAUUAUAGCACUACAGCUUUCUCAGUAAUUUAACAAAAACCUACAAUGUUAUUCUGGAUCUUCCAAAAACAGCUUAUUUUCUUGAAAGUAUCUCAAGAAAAUAAGUGAAAAGUUUCCAAAAGUGGAGUUGAAAAAUGGUAACACUUUGAUAGUCCAUCAUAAAUUCUUUGUAAAUGCUCAGUGUGUCUUUGAAAUUCAACUAAAUAUCUAUUAAAUUAAUAUAAAAUCAAAUGGGAUGGGUUCUAUCAAAUCUAGCCUUAAUCCUAACCCUAACAUUAACCUUAACUUCAACCCAAAAUCUACACCUACUCCUAAACCAAAACUUCACCGUAAUGUUGCUGAUAAUCGCCAUCACCAGAAAGUUUGUCAAUAAUUUCAGUAUGUGUAGAUCAUCUGUAGGGGACCGUCCAAAUAGAGUGUGACCUCCCCAACAGAUAAACAGCACUUAAAGCUUCUAUCUUUGAGAGAGAGAGGAGAAAAUCAUGCUGCUUCAGAUCUGAAUAAUACACAGAUGUUUUAGUCCAUCCUUCCAAAGUGAAAAGGAACUCAACACUAUGAGUCUGAAAGGAUGAGUAGCAAUUUGGGAGCACUCACAGAGAAAAGGAAAUAGACAAAAAAAAGAAGAAAACCUGCAAAUCAAACAAAGAAGCUGCUGGUGUUCUCAGAACAAUGGGUUUGACCACUGAGUCCAGACCUCAACAUCACUGAAUGUGUACUUGGAUUGAGAGAACCAGAAAAUACAACCAACCUCUAAGACCGAACUUUGGUGGUGUGGACAAACAUCCCUACAGGUUUCUGUGAAAAACUGAAAGCAAGUCUCUUGAAAAGAAUGCAAGCUGCAAUGAAGGUAAUGAAGUGUGGAUGCAAUAAACACUGAAAAUGUUUAUAUAUUUAGAUGUUGAGGUCCCUUUGUCAUUCUCUGUUAAACUAUGUUUUCUGCUUUUUGCUGAUAAAAAGUGAAUAACUUGUAGUGAGGGCAAAAAUAUAAUAUCACAAUAUUUCAAAGAUUUUCACCAUACACGAGAUGUCAUGAUAUUUAUUUUUUUUUGACAUCUGAUGAGUUGGAACAGGCAAGAAAAGAACCAAAAAUGCCACAUUGUAAGAACACCAUCAAGGACUACGAGCACAAAUUAUUUCUAUUUAUUGUUUCACAUACUACACUGCACCAAAUCAGGACUGAUUAUGCGCUCUUUGUCAUGAAUCAUGCAACUGGUCAGUCUUCCAGAAAAGCAUAUUGUGACAUAUUGCCAUGUAAUUUAUCUGUUUAACAACCCUCCCUGUUUAUUUGUUUUGUGAGGUUUUGGUGAAGUCUUUUCAGUCCUGUGUUUAUAUUUCUGUUCAGUGUAUGUACAAAAUCUACACACAUUUAUAAAUACAUUUGUAUGCAAAAAAAGACAUGGUCAAAUGACAUUUUGUUGUUCUAAUU